AUGUCCUUCCCGCGGUGCGCCCUCCUGUGGGCGCGGCUGCCGGCGGGGCGGCCCCGGGCCCUCCGCGCCGCCCUGCGCGGCCCCCCGCGGCCCUUCCCGGGCGCCCGCGCGCUCGCCGCCUCCGGCUCGUCCGGCGGCGCCAAGGCCCCCAACACCUCCCUCUUCGUGCCGCUGGCCGUCAAGCCGCAGGGCCGCAGCGCCGACGGCGACGUCGGGGCCGAGCUCACGCGGCCCCUGGACAAGGAUGAAGUGAAGAAGGUUUUAGACAAGUUCUACAAGAGGAAGGAAAUUCAGAAGCUCGGUGCUGAUUACGGGCUUGACGCUCGUCUCUUCCAUCAAGCUUUUAUCAGCUUCAGGAAUUACAUCUUGCAGUCCCAGUCCCUGGAUGUAGACGUACACAUUAUUUUGAACGACAUCUGCUUUAGUGCAGCUCACGUGGAUGACUUGUUUCCAUUUUUCUUGAGGCAUGCAAAGCGGAUAUUUCCUGUGCUGGAAUGUAAGGAAGAUCUCCGUAAAAUUAGUGAUUUAAGAAUACCACCUAACUGGUAUCCGGAGGCCAGAGCCAUAAAGCGGAAGAUCAUUUUCCAUUCGGGCCCGACCAACAGUGGUAAGACGUAUCACGCCAUCCAGAAAUACUUGUCCUCUAAAUCCGCAGUAUAUUGUGGCCCUUUAAAACUACUGGCACAUGAGAUCUUCGAAAAGAGUAAUGCUGCUGGUGUGCCGUGUGACCUAGUGACGGGUGAGGAGCGAGUGGUGGUGGAUCAGGAUGGGAGACAGGCCGCCCACGUCGCCUGUACCGUGGAGAUGUGCAGCGUUUCAACUCCUUAUGAAGUGGCCGUGAUUGAUGAAAUCCAGAUGAUCAAAGAUCCAGCCAGGGGAUGGGCCUGGACCCGAGCGCUUCUAGGACUCUGUGCUGAAGAAGUACAUUUGUGUGGAGAAUUUGCUGCUAUAGACCUAGUUACUGAACUUAUGUAUACAACUGGGGAGGAAGUAGAGGUUCGGAACUAUGAGCGGCUCACCCCCAUCUCCGUGCUGGAUCAUGCCCUGGAGUCCCUGGACAAUCUCCGGCCGGGGGACUGCAUCGUCUGUUUCAGCAAGAACGACAUCUACUCCGUGAGCCGCCAGAUUGAGAUCCGGGGCCUGGAGUCCGCCGUGAUCUACGGCAGCCUCCCGCCGGGAACCAAACUUGCUCAAGCAAAGAAGUUCAAUGAUCCUGAUGAUCCAUGCAAAAUCCUGGUCGCUACAGACGCGAUUGGCAUGGGACUUAAUCUAAGCAUAAGAAGAAUUAUAUUUUAUUCCCUUAUAAAGCCCAGCAUCAAUGAAAAGGGGGAAAGAGAGAUUGAGCCCAUCACUACCUCGCAGGCCUUGCAGAUUGCGGGCAGGGCUGGCCGGUUCAGCUCCAAGUACAAAGAAGGAGAGGUGACAACCAUGAAUCGAGAUGACCUCAGCUUGUUGAAGGAAAUCUUGAGCAGACCAGUGGAUCCUAUAAAGGCAGCUGGUCUUCAUCCGACUGCUGAACAGAUCGAGAUGUUUGCGUACCACCUCCCAGACACUACGCUCUCGAACCUCAUUGAUAUCUUUGUAGACUUCUCACAAGUUGAUGGACAGUAUUUUGUUUGCAACAUGGAUGACUUUAAAUUUUCUGCAGAGCUGAUCCAGCACAUUCCCUUAAGCCUCCGUGUGAGGUACGUCUUCUGCACUGCCCCCAUCAACAAGAAGCAACCCUUUGUCUGCUCCUCCCUGUUGCAGUUUGCCAGGCAGUUCAGCAGGAACGAGCCCCUGACCUACGCGUGGCUCCGCCGCUACAUUAAAUGGCCGCUGCUUCCACCGAAGAAUAUCAAGGACCUCAUGGACCUGGAAGCCGUCCACGACGUGCUGGAUCUGUACUUGUGGCUGAGCUAUCGGUUUAUCGACAUGUUCCCGGACUCCGGUCUGAUCCGAGACCUGCAGAAGGAGCUAGACGCCAUCAUCCAGGAAGGCGUCCACAACAUCACCAAGCUCAUCAAGCUCUCCGAGUCGCGCAAGCUGAUCAACCUGCAGACUGCGUCCGCGGAGAACCAGCCCCUCUCGGUGGGAACCCUGAGGAGCCAGGCCAGGCGGCUGCGGGGCCCCAAAGCGGGAGGCAGAAGAGCCACUGAGUCCGCCAGCCCGGAGGCGCGGGAUAAUAAGUCGCUGGCUUCCCGGCUGGUGCAGCAGGGGCUGCUCACGGCCGACAUGCUGCGGCAGUUGGAGAGGGAGUGGCUGACGCAGCAGACCGGGCACCAGGAGAAGGACAGUGCGGGCACCGAGGCGUGCCCCAAAGGCACCCGCCGGAAGAAGAAAGACCCCAACUCAGAGUAGAUUUAUUUAAUUUAUUUUUGCAAAUAAAAGUGCGUUUAAAAAUC